UUUUGAAAAAUGCUUCCUGUUUCUUUAAAGGCGCUCGCAGCGGCUCGGGCGGCCGGGCUGGGGAGGCGGUGGAGGCGGGAGCUGCCUCCUCUCCGGGCGGCGGCGCUUACUGAUCUCGCCAACCCGGCUUCUGUGUAAACUGAGGCUAAACAAACACAGAUGGAGCGCAGCGGGCGUGCUGCAGAAAUGCUGGCGAGGCGGCCGCGACUUCAGAUGACACUCUGAGCGCUCGGGGACGCACAGCCCGUGGCUUCGCGCGGAGCCCGGGGCGCAGCUGCCCGGGGCGAGGGGUGCAGUGGGGAGGGAAAGGGCGAGCCGGGGACGCCAUGAAGCCCCUUCCGGCGCUCGAGGACCGGUCGUGGAAGCCCGUGUGCGUGCAGGAGUUGCACGGGCUCAAGAAGCUCAAGCGGAAAGCCAAGGAGCCGGCGCGGCGCGCGAAUGGCUAUAAAACUUUCCGAUUGGACUUGGAAGCUCCCGAGCCCAGCGCCACCGCCGCCGCCACCAACGGGCUGCGGGACAGAACCCAGCGGCUGCAGCCGGCCCCGGCCCCAGUGCCAGCCCCCGUGGCGCCGGCAGCUCCCGCAGCCGCGGGCGCGGACCUGGCUGGGGAGCGCAGGGGUGCCCGGGCGCCCGAAGUGCCGGACGCCCAGCGACGCGGCUUCGCCCUGGGCGCAGUGGGACCUGGACUCCCCACACCACCGCCGCCCCCUCCAGCGCCCCCGUGCCUGGCUCCCGGACGUCCGGAGACGCAGCCUUUUCGGGAGCCGGGCGUGCGUCCUCGCAUCUUGCUGUGCGCACCGCCCGCGCGUCCCACGCUGUCCGCGCCUCCAGCAUCCGAUGCACCGACCGAGUCCUCCGUGCGCCCCUCGCCCCCCACGCGCCCGGGGGAAAGUUCCUACUCGUCAAUUUCACACGUAAUUUACAAUAACCACCCGGAUUCUUCGGCGUCGCCUAGGAGACGGCCGGGCGAAGCUACAGCCGCCUCAUCGGAGAUCAAAGCCCUGCAGCAGACCCGGAGGCUCCUGGCGAAUGCUCGGGAGCGGACGCGCGUGCACACCAUCAGCGCGGCUUUUGAGGCACUCAGGAAGCAGGUGCCGUGCUACUCGUACGGGCAGAAGCUGUCCAAACUGGCCAUCCUGAGGAUCGCCUGUAACUACAUCUUGUCCCUGGCGCGGCUGGCCGACCUCGACUACAGCGCCGACCACAGCAACCUCAGCUUCUCCGAGUGUGUGCAGCGCUGCACCCGCACCCUGCAGGCCGAGGGACGUGCCAAGAAGCGCAAGGUACGCACCAGCGUGCAGGCGGCAGCCGCUGGGAGUGCGGAAGGAGUGAGUGGCCAUGGGCCGACGGAGGACGCUGCAGUGGCCUCUCUUCAGCCAGGCCGAGGAAUGAGGACCGUGUGCCACACCAGCCCCAGUCUCCAUCUUCUCCAAGAUGCUAUCAGCCUUCCACCCGCUGCUGCCACUGCCGGGUCACCUGGGGCAGGAGCAAGCCGGCCUCCCCGUCACCUCCUGUCCUCCCCUAGCUGCGGCAAUGGCCAUGUGGUGGUUUCGCACUUUGCUGCUCCUUGGUCGAGAGGGAGAGCUCAGCCCUCCUCUUAAGGCGCAGCCUUAGGCCCUGAGGCCGUGGAAAUUCACUGCCAAAGAUUUGACAGAGACGCUGAACAAGAUGGGGGAGGGUCUAAACCUGCCAGCGGGAAGCCACGCCGUGGCUCUGUGACUGUUCCUCCUGUCUCCUGAGUCCUAUCUCAAGCCAAAGAUGAACCGGCAGGGCUACCAGGAGCUCCUGCGAGACAUGGGCAUUUGGUGACCGUGGGAAGCACGUGACCCUCUGAACUGUUGCUCUGUCUACACUGGCACCUGAGCUGGCUGGGUGCAAGCGAAACCUUCUGGGGGUGCCUGGGGGAUGGAGAAGAGUGUCUGACAUCCCUGCACCCUUCUUUUUCGUCCAUCAACUGCCCAGGCCUCAGACCCAGAUUCUCAGUGUCCUCUGGGCCCAGGGUCCUUCAGAGGGCCUGAGUAGCCUGAGAAGGGAGUCAGGGUGAGGAGAAGAAGAGAAGCCAUUGUACCCCGUGCCCCACCCUGGGACUUGCCCAGGUCUUUGCUCUCCCAGCCAGUGGUCCCCUUGGGCUGGGGAAAGCAAGGCGGCACCCCAUGGGAAGGCAGUGAUUAUCACAGGUGGGCAGGAGGGCAGAGGGGGGAAGGGACCAGGGGAGCGGGCCAGGAUGCGGGGUGGGGGGUAGUUCAAAGCCAAGGCCUGCUCUUUCCUUGUGCUCAAAAGGCCAAAGCUGUUCAUGUCUGUGCUCAACCAUCUGCUUCAAAUUGAAGUAAAAGCCUCAUCAUGUAAUGAAA